AUGGAGCCCAAGACGACGCCGUUGCAGGAGAAGCAUGCGCUAAAGCUCGAACUUGAGCUUAUUAGCGGCACUAUGGAAUUCAAAGUUUCGCCGCCAUUCGUCGAUACCAUCAUCGGCUACAUAUUCUUCAAGAACGACGAAAUGUUGGGCAAUGCUGAAGACGACGAUGGAGAAGACCUCUUGCCCUCUGACGCAUCAAAGUCAGUAGCCAAGAAAAUCGCCAAGAAGUCCAAUUAA